AAACAGGCUCUGGAGUGUGACUUCAAAUGCUGGCCGCUGACAAGCUGGGCUGUCUGGAAAGUUACUUCACCUCUCUGAGCCUCGGGUGCCUUAUUUACAAAAUGUUCAUGGCAGGGCCCACUUCACAGGGCUGUGAGGAUUACAGAGGAUAAUCUGGGUGAGGCGCAUCAGCCCCAGCGCCGCCUGCCACAAUUCUAUCCGGCCCCACAUAUGCAUCGUCCAUAAGCGUCCGGCCCCUGCAUUCUCGCUUUUCCACGUGGCCGAGGUGCACACCCCAACCCACUGGGCCAGUCUCCCCACCCUCUUACCUGCUCUUCUUUCCCGACUCGUCUUUAAUACCCACCAGGAGCCAAUCGCCGCGGGCCUGGCUCUGUGGCGGCAAGUUGCAUGGGUUCUCCCAUCAGGACCUCCCGAUGAGCCUACGAGGUCGGUUCUACUACUGUCGCCACUUCAGAGGGAGGAAACAGGCCCGCAGGGUUGGGGAACUUCCCGAGGUCACUGAACUGGUGUCAGGCCCAGAUUGGAAUCCAAACACAUCCCAGCCCAUGCCCGGCUCCCCAGCGCCGGCUCCCGGGCGUCUUCCCGGGUGCCAGCGGCACCCGCAUCCAUUCAAAUGCUGCCCAGUCCCCGCUCCUCAGUCGCUUCCCUCUACUACGCGCCCGCAUCUCCCCCCGACCCCUCAGGGUCAGGCCUCUCGGUGGCUUUUCCUUUUUCUCUUCCAGAAACUAAGGGGUGAGACCGACGUUUGUGUGCCGGACGCGUGCAGGUGGCGGCGACGCUCCCGGGAGACGCGGGGGGAGAACCAGUCUGUGCGCGCCGCUGUGAGAAGCCCCGACCAAGCUUUCCACGCGCUUGUUUCGGGCAGCAGAGGACGCGAGGGCCGACUGCGUCCCCAGUGCGCAGGCUCGGCCGGGGGCGCGUAAUCAGGCAGCCCAGCGGUCCCUUCAAACCGAGGCAGGCAAGCUCUACGUCUUGGGGGCCGCAUGGUGCCGAGAGCGCAAACCAGACCCGCCCCGCCCCUCCGUGCCACGCACGCGCUCGGCUCCGCGCUUAAUGGUUAGUUGGGUAACAGCCCGCGGUGCCCUAGUUGCCCGGGUGGGGUCGGAGGGACCCUCGCGGGCGGGGAGACCACGUCUCCAGGGGGUGGGAGGCGGCCUCACAGAGGGCUUCGCAGGCAGCUGCGUGACCUCGGAGCGCGGCGCUAGUGGAGGGGCGGCCAGGUGGUGUGGCCACCGGCUCCCGGAGAGGAAUGUGGCCAGGUGACCUGGGGUAAUCACUUAAUCCUCACAGGAAAUGCUUUUUUUGUCUGGAAGAAUAGUGACUGGGCUGUAAAAACAAAUGCCCCUGCCUUCAGGCUCUCUGGGCAAGAUAUACCCCCUUGGGAGGUGACUGGGGCUGAGCCGAGGUGGGGUUUGUUUUGGGGAUUGUGGCGUGCCACCUGUAACCUUCUAAUCUUUAAACUCUAUUUGUUCCUCUUCCUUUAAUUAAACCUGACAAAUAAUUCUCCCCA